AUGGAUAUGUUGUGGAUUGCUAUGCCUUAUAAUACACCAGAAUGUGUGGCUGGAUUAGAGCAGUUUUUAGAUUUUGCUUAUGCGCACAAUCAUGGUGUCGAGGUCAUAUUGUGUCCUUGCCCUAAGGGUGGCUUCAGAAAAUGGUUAAAAGGGAAUGAGGUGUACGACCACUUGAUGAGAAAGCCUUUUCCAAUAUGUUACACUAUUUGGUUUCGCCACGGAAAGUCUCAUGGGGAGACCUCUAUUGCGCCAACUAUUGUAGGAGAUCCUACAAUAGUUGAAGAUAGUAGCCUCAACCAGCUGAAUGCAUUGCAUGAUUUAAUUAAUGAUGCAUUCGGAGGUUUUGGAAAGCGUGUUUUACCUGGGGGUAACGAUGUAGAAGAUCCCAUGGAUGAAGAUCAAACAACAAUACCUGUUACGAACGAAGAGCCACAGGUUCGCCCUAGAGUUUUGUCGACUUUUAAAGGAUGA